CAAAAUACAGGUCACUGUCAAACUCGUAGAGCAAAGCCAUCUUGUCAAAAAUUUUAUAUUAUUCAAUUUCUUAAAAUUUUAUAUUAUUUAGUCACUUUUUGUAUUAUAUCCGCCAUAAAUAUUUGCUCGACAUUGCCAAAAUCACUGAUAGAUAAAUGGCGGAAACCAUAAUAUAAAAGAAGAAGACAAAUAGAGCAGAGCAACUUUAUAUUUGUAGUUUGUUUGCAUAGUUUAUUAAUUUUAUUCAAAAUUUCAAUAUAAUGGCAUUAGUAGCCUACGACAACAGUGAUUCUAGCGAAUUUGAAGACGAUGAUGAAACUACAAACAAUCCCACAAUCCACAAGGAAGUUGGAGAAUCUGGCAUUAUAGAAACAGUAGCAACUCCUGCUAGACAGACUACCGAAUCAGCACCAAGUAUAGAAGGUUCAAACUUGUUCAAUCUCCUUCCCCAACCUAGCACAAAAAAACCACAAGUUAUAGAGGAAGAUGAUGAAUUUCUGCACAAGAAGGAAACUGUGUCAAAUGUGGUGAAGCCAAAAGCUAAAAUCACUGUGCCAUCUCUUAGUGAUUUCAAAGAUGUAGAGAGCAGUAUACCAGCAGCAAAACCCAGAGUAGCUAGUGGAAAAAAAUCUGGUCUUCUCAGUAUCUUACCACAACCAAGGAAUGGUGUGAAAGCAACAGCAAAUUCAUUCCUACCAUAUGCACUUACACAAAAAACAAACAAUGCAAAUGUUAAGAAAAAAGAGCCUCUGCCAUCUCUUGUGAAAAAGCCUAAAGUUGAUCCCAAAUCUAUCAUUAAUGAAUAUUCAGAUGAAAGUGACAAUGAAGGGAUGGAAAAUGAUUUCUUCUCAAUAAACAAACCUGUGGAUAUUGCUGUUGAUGACAUACCUCUGGAUAUUGACCAAAAUAUUAAUAAACCAAACAAUAUAAUCAAUGAAAGAAAACCAUUCAAUAUUGAAACAUAUUUCAAACCAAAUAAUGAUGAGAGUAAUAUUGAACCAUCUGAUGCAUAUGUUACCAGCAGUACAGAAUAUGCAGAAGCUAGUUCAAGUAGUAAUGGUUAUGGACAAGCUGAAGCAAACAGUAGUGAAGCUGUAUUGGAUGAUGAAGCAAUUCGGAAACUGUGUGGAGCGCGCGGCAAACGCAGGCGGGAAGAUAUCGAAAUUGUAGAUGUGAAUCAACAAGAGAUUUUGGCGGAUGCGCGGGAAAUGUUACUCAGAGGCCUGAUGGAUGACACCACCAAACGAGUGUCUGUCAGUAAGAAAAAGGGCAAUGAACCAACCAGUCAGCAGAAGCGAAAACAUCAAAUCACAUAUUUGGCACAUCAGGCUAAAGCAAAUGAGGCAGAUCUGCAGAACCAAUGGGCAAACAACAGAAUGUCAAAAAGGCAGACUCAAUCAAAAUAUGGGUUUUAAAUGUAUCUAUUUAAACUGUACAUAUUCAUUAAAUCAUAAGUUUAUACAACUUCAUAUUA